GUUCAUGCGAGAGAUGAGCGGGCUUAAUGCUCGCCCUCGUCAACGUGUGCUGCCAACCUUCGCCAGCCGAGGCACGCAGACGCCGCCGCCGCGUCGCGCUCAGCCUGCUGGGCCCCCUGCCGGGCCAUCUGCCGGGCCGUCAUCCGGGCCGCCGGGAGCGGCAGCACCUGGCGCGGCACAUGCCAGUGCUCCUUUGAGCGAUGAAGCCAAGCGCAUCAAGGACCUGGAGAGUGCCAACGCCGACCUGUACGAGAGAGCCACCGAGCUUGAACUGAACAAUGGCGAGCUUGUUGACGAACUCGCGGCCCUCAAAGAGAGGCUCACCAAGCAAGAGAAGGAGUUGACAUCCCGCACCAAGUUCGCCGAGGCAAGCCUCGAUCACUCCAUGAAAGCACUGUCGAGCGAGUCUCUCCAGCUCAGCAAAACGCGAGCAGACCUGCUCCAGAUCCAGGGGUUCAACAACGAGCUCAAAACCACUCUGCAGAAAACCCGCCUCGAAUUGACCGCCUCGAAAGACCGUACGGCCCGCCUGAGCCACGAACGUGACGACGUCCGCACCAGCUUUUCAUCCGCUCAGCAAGAGAUUGACACCCUCAAGAAGCAGAUAGAGCAGAUAGAGCAGGGACACAAUGGCAGAGACGCGCACGAGUUCCUGCAGGCCAUCAAUGAAGAGUUAGAGGACCAAUUUACCGAUGCUGGCACAGAAUUCACACCAGAGAACGUCAUCGCACACAUUCGUCGAGUAUCCCAGCAGGCCGCCAUCAAUCGCGAGGUCUCCGCGGACAGCAGUUCCUCGCAGCACAAUGACCCGGCACGUCGCGGUCUUGGCCUACGCACCCGAUCCAUGGCGCAAGAGCUCGCUGAGGCUGCACAGGACGAUGGUAGUGACGACGAGCAAGGUCCAGAUAGUCUUGAGCCGCGAAAGCAGCGAUCCUCCGACGACUCGAAUAAGCUUCAACAAGACCACAUCGCUGAGGUGGCUAGCCUAAAGAUGCAAAUCGCGAACCUUGAGACGCAAAUCCCCAUCACCAAUGCUACUCACACGACUGAGGUCACUACCCUACAGGCGAAAAUCGAGAAGCUUCAGAUGGCGCUCCGUCGUGCUACUGCCGCUGUCAAUGAUGAGGUAGAUCAGAUGGCUGAACUACACGAGACAAUCGAGAACCACGAAAAGACAAUCGAGAACCACGAAAAGACAAUCGAGAACCUCGAAAAGCAGCUCUCGGCUGCUGCUGCUGCUCACAAGACUGAGGUGGCUAGUCUGGACAGAAAGACAAUCGAGAACCUCGAAAAGCAGCUCGGGGCUGCUGCUGCUGCUCACAAGACUGAGGUGGCUAGUCUACACGACCGAAUCUUCGACCUCUCAAAGAUGCUCUUUGAUCUUGGCGAGGACAACAAUGCCCUUCGACGACACUUUAGGCCGGAGAGUGCGAUCAUCACCGAGAACGAAGAGCUCCACAAGAAGCUCAAAGAUGUGAUCGCCCAUCUGAAGGACCAGAUUGGCAUCAAGUCGAGGCUUCAAGAUUACGAAAUGCCAGACUAUUUGCAGAUUGUGUCCGAAGUGCUAGAGCGAGACGCUGCAGCGGCCGCGAAAGUACCUGUCGAGACUCGAAAUUCUGCCUCACAGACCGAAGAGGAACCUGUCAAUCCCACCGAAAUCAUCAAAUACGUCGACAAGGUUCGCGAUGCUACCAUGUUCGAGUCAUUCCGCCAAUCACCAUCCUGGCUGCAGUGGCUUCUCACCAUCUGCGUCCUGUUCCUGCUCUACUUCGGCGUCUCUGGAUACCAGACCGAUAAUAUGUGGCUCGCUGCCAACAGCACCCCUGCACUCCACCGCCUUCGGUACACUCAAGCAGAUCGCGCAAUCCUCGGCAACUUCUGGUCUUGGCUCGAGUCUGUCGCCGGCUACGACAGUCAACGCUUUGGCUGAUCCCAGCUACCACCAUGACCACACAUACCAGUUUCACAGAACGGCGAGACAAACCGCCGGCAUGUCUUGAUUGUCCCAUCAACGACAGCUUCCGAAUCACGAAUGCACGACGAGGGCAUGUGUAUUGAGUGAGAUUACUAGUUCUUGUUUUCUUGUUUUGCGCGAUGAUACCCACAGGGCUGAAGCCGUCAUGGAUGGAUGGAUGGCUUCU